UUCAUGCAUUUGCCCAUUGUGAAAUCAGAAAUGGCCAAAGACAACCUUUUACAAUUAGAGAAUUAAUUCAUUACAAGUUACCUUUGUUAUUGUCAAUAUUUGUCGACAAAAACGGUUCUUUAAUAAACAGAAAGAGAUGUACUGUGAAUAAAAAGAAAAAAAAAUAUCAUUAAGAAUUAAAGACUAUAUAAAACAUUGUCAUAAUGACAUUUGACAUUUGAAGAAAGACUGUUAAAAUAUUCAAGGAACCUUCUGUGCUGAAGAAUCAUUCAAGGACAAAAUAUUUGAAGAACUUUUUCUAACAGUGACAAUUCAACAUGUCUGCUUACGGAAACGAUUGUCACUUCUACUACAAUUCUAACUGUUCAAAGGGUGAAAAUUGUGCCUUUAGACAUUGUGAAGCAGCUAAGAGUUCAAUGGUGACCUGUACAUUCUGGCAACAAGGAAUCUGCUCCAAAGCAAAUUGUCCAUACAGACAUGCAGAUCUGCCUCCGACUGAUGUGUUUGAGAGAAAUAGACCAGGCAUACCAUGUUACUGGGAGAACCAACCAGUAGGUUGUACCCGUUCUAAUUGUCAGUACCAACAUUUUAAAACUCGACCAGUGGUUCCAGGUGCACCACCUUUGCAGACUCAGCCAAUUUUAUCAGAAAAUCAGUUGCCAGAUACCAGUUUUCCUCCACCAUUGUUUGGACAGCAGCCACCACAACAACUGACUGCAAUACCUGGGGCACCAGUCAUACAGCCUGUUGUUGUUCACUUCUCAGAUUCUGAAGUUGAGAGUGACAAGAAUUCACCUGUGAAAAGUAAGAAACUCUUAGAACCAGAAAGUACUAAAGUAAAGUUACAGUCACUAGAUUCAGCUAAAACUGACACAAACAAUCUGUCAUCGUCAAGAACAGUCACAACUUCUGAUCAAUCAUCUUUGAGAACAGUCAAAGUAUCUAACCAGUCAUCUUUGAGAACAGUCACUGCUCCUAAUCAGUCAACCUUGACUGAUGUAGCUCCAUCCCAGACAAUCACAACAAUUCAGUCAGGCAAAUCAGCUUUCACAUCAGUGCAGCCUUCUUCAAUUCAGGCCAUUACUUCAAUAAAGCCAGUAUUACCACAGACAGGGCAGACUAUCCCUGUUGUUUCUAAGCAGGCAACGGUUGCUAGUAUUCCAGAUAUAGAUUACUUUAUUGGCAGACCGUUUUUACCAAAGUUGAAUAAGUCCCCUCCUCGUUCAUCUCCAAAAUAUGAUUCUAGUCCAGACAGAAGAAGUUAUGACAGUAGAUAUAGCAGAUCUCCCACCCCUAGAAGUUUGUCUCCAUGGAGAAGACAAUCAAGAUCCCCUUCACCUAGGAGAAGACGAUCCCCAUUUUACUCAAGAGAUCGUAGUAGGUCACCGAGGAGAUGGUCUCCCAGGUAUAGAAGUCCCUCUCCUAGACGCAGAAGUACAUCUCCAAGAAGACGCACUCCUCCUAAAAAUUCAGUAUUCAGACCUCAGGACAGUUAUUCACCAAAUCGAAGACCUGUCCAUGAACGUUUAAAUAGAGAUAGAAAUCACCCAUCAACAUCUUUAAACAGGGGACGACAACCUGUAGGUGUUCCACAGAAAAAAAUCAAUCUCAGCAAAAUUAAAGAUAAAACAGAAAGUGAAGAAGAUAGCAUAAAAGUCAAAUCAUUAGAGGAGAUACAGCGAGCAAAAGCUUUGUUGUCAAUGGGUUUAAUUGAACUGAAGAGUGGGAAAAUAGUCAAAAUUUGUGAAGCAAAGAAAUACCAGGAGGAGGAAGAAGCAGAAGAAGAGAAGAAAGCACCUCCAAAGAAAAAGAAAAUUGUCAAAAAAUUAACUUCCAAAAGUAAGAAAGUGGAAAAGAAACCAAAAGCCAUAGUGAAAAAGGUGGAAAAAGUUGUAAAGAAAGAAGAAAGUGAGGAGGAGAAAGAAGAGGAAGAAGAAAACUUUGAAGAUGGAGAUGACUUAGGGGAAGAACCAGAAAUAGAUAUUUGUGAGGCUACAGAGGAGUGGGAAGAACAAGAAUUCCAGAAGGAGGAGUCACAGGAAGAGGAUGGGGAUGUUGAGGAUGAAUCAGAACAAGAGGAGGAAGAAGAAGAGGAGGAGUCUGAACCUGAACCAGAACCUGUACAAUAUCAACAAGAUAUAAGAAGGGCUGUGAGAAAGGAAGAUGUAGAGAAAAAGAUAAGUCUGACAUCUUCACAAGUAAAAAGAAAAAGGAAAGUUAUUGUGGAUGAAGAGGAAAAGAAAAACAAAGAUACAACUAAAGUCAGUGUUCAAAGUCGAUUGGGACGUAAACUUAAUACACCAGAUGUUAGAGGCACUAAACAUGCUAAACCACAUCUGUCUCGUGACUCUAAUGAAGCUAAAGUUGGUAAUCUUCAGAGGUCACUGAUUAAGGCUAGUGUAAAAUCUAGGCUGGAGACAAAAAAAGUAAAACCUGAGGAAAAAGUUGACAAUUUGACAAGGGGAACUAUAAAAUUAUCUACUGGAGGUAUAAAAAGUCGUCUGGGCAUUGGUGCAAAUGUUUCUUCCUCAAAAUCUGACACGAUAAGCCUAGAGCCCAGGAAAAUUUCCAUGAAAAGAACAAUUGAAAAUGAUCAACAAGAUGAGGUUAAGAAAGAGGUAUUGAAAAAGCGAAGAUGGGGUCAAGGAUCGAUAAAAAGCAGGCUUGGUGAUAGUGCUAGUGACACAAGUGUUACUGAUAGUGAUCUUAAAAAGAUUGUCAUUGUCCGUAAUUUAAGUGAUGAGGACAAUUCAAGAGAUGGAAAUAGACAAAGAGAGACAAGGGAACCAGUACAAUCAACGUCCAAUGAAAAUACAAGUCAGAUUAAAAGUACAUUAUCUCGUAUUAAUAAAAUCAUUGAGGACAAAAAAGUGACUCAGGAACCUGGGACCCUUAACAAGGGUCGAGGUAAACUAAACGUCUGGAGUUCAAGAGUGUCAGAAACUAUUGCAGCAGUAGCACCUACAAAAAAAGAGUCAAAUAUAGAUCUGUUUGAUUCCUCCAGUAAUGAUUCCUUGGCUGCUGAGUCUGGAAUGUUCAAAAAGGAUACUAAAAAAGGUCCGAAGAUUGAAAGGGCAUUAUAUGUUCCUCCUGCUCGUAAACGUACAGUUACUUCCUAUGAAGAAGAAUAUGAUGAGAGCAGUAUUUCACCUCCUAAAAAAUCUCAUAAAAAACAUAAGGAAAAGAAAUCUGAGCCAGAAAGUAUCAAGACAUAUUCUCAGAUAAUGGAAGAGAAAAGGAAGAAACUUGAGAAACAACGAGAAAAGAAGGCAAAAACUGAAGAAAAGUCUAAAAGAAAGAAAAUUACCCCAAUUGGUUUCAGUGAUAAGGAAAAUGAAACCAUUUUGAAUGAUAUAGCAGAACCAAAGAAGUCUCCAAUAAAAACAGAGGUACCAGAUACAAAGAGUGGUAUGUUGGACUCAUUCAGCUUUACUCUCCAAGAAACCACAGAUGCCAGUAAUCCAGCUCAGAUAGACCAAGUUGAUAGUUCUACAGAGCAUUUAGAAUUGUUUUCAACUUCAGUUCCUGAAAAUUCCAAAGAAGAUACUGAUGAUCUUCUUGAAAUGUCACCUACCAAGAAGACAAGUGAUGACUCAUGGUUAGAGUUUAGUAAAGAAGAUUUAGACAUGACGGGAUGUGAACCUGCCGAUGAUGAUGACCUUCUCAGGGAAAUCGAUGAAUUAUUGGCGUGAGGCGACAGAUUUAUUGACACCAAUUUUUAACUAUGACCAAAGACAUGGAAAUUUUAUAAGACUGUGAUAAUUUUAAUUCAUCAGUGCUAUAUCGUGUGAAAAAAAUCAUUGGUUUACAGAAGAUGAAUUUUGAUAUUUUUAGUUGAAUAUUACAAUAAUGGAAAAUUGAAUUUAUUACACAAAUCAUGUAGAAGUACAUCUACUGACAUUAAUUUUCCGAUGAAUUUAAGAAUAUUAUUCAAAUUGGAUUAAUUUUGUAAAUAUUGGACAAUCAUUGCUGGGCAAAACAAUGGUCUAAAUUUAAAGUGCAAUAUCAUUAACAGCUGAUCAAUGGAUUAACAUUUUGAUCUCAAUACCACAAAUUGUAUAAAAACAAGACAUAUGUGUAUAUAAUUUGUUGAUCUCUUACAUAUUAAAAUAUGUUAUAAUUUCA